UUCAUUUCUUCAUUUUUUUUGUGUUACUUUGAUGGGCCGAGUGGUCGGUCACCGAGUCCUGCACAGUGGAACUAAAAUGAACCUGACAACGACAUCGUUUUGAGCCUCUGUCAUUGCGUAAGUGCGUAACUGCGUCAGAAUCCAGAAAAGCAGCGGUGGACGAUCUGUCGAUCUCCAUUAUCCAAUGGCCAGUGUGUUCAGUUUGUUUUGAGCAGAGUAAAGAGCGAUUCUCUUCCAAGCGCGAGCUGUAAGAAAUAACGAUGGAUAAUGGUUCGAAGCUCUACAUGAAUAAGCCAAAGAAAUCUCAACUGAAGCAACACGCAUCUUCUCCGCAGACGCUUUCACCGCCAUCAGUUUCGCCGUCGAUGACUUCGUCAAAUCCUACGGCGGCUAAUCAUGCGCCACCUCCUCCGCCUGCAAAGGAACCUUUCCUUCGGCGUUACAGGUUCAUCUUCCCGAUGCUUUUGGCUGUCAAUCUCGCUAUUGGAGGCUACCUAUACAUGAGGACAAAAAAGAAAGACACCACAGCCAUUGAAAUUCAAGAAAAACCUAUCCCUUCGGUGGUGACUGCUACUGAAUCUGCUACAAUUGCUGAAAAACUAGUUAUUCCACCUGCACUGCAGCCUGUUAUGGAACCAAUAUCUGAAAAAGAUAAGCGCGAUAUAUUGAAGUGGAUGCUGGAAGAGAAGAGGAAGAUGAAGCCAAAAGACCCUGAAGAGAAAAGACGCAUCGAUGAGGAUAAGGCCAUUCUUAAACAGUUCAUUCGAGCCAAGUCUAUCCCCAACCUUUAACUGUCAAAUAGAACAACUCAAUUCAUUUGAUGAAGUUUGAAAGUUACCGGGUGGUAUUUGGCUUCUUCUCUUCAAUGUGUGCCUUUUGUGUGAUGUUUGGUUGUGUAAUAGUUUUUCAAUGUUACUUCCUAGAUUUCAAUAUUCCUUCUACCCGGAUUAUUUUGUGCUGCCUAAGAGUGUCCACAUGGGUCUGGGAGCCAUCUGAUUAUACUUUUUCACAUACUCAUGUGUGUGGGUGGUUUUGGAUGGCUCCUAAGCUUGUGCAGGCAUUACCCUUAUGGGUAGCAUGAAAGGAACCCCUUUGUCCCUCUAUACCAAUGUUAAC